GAGAACGCCACUAUCUCUGAAGAGGAGAGAGAGAAAGCCCGAGAGAUCCGCGAACGCACGGUCACCGGAGAAACUGCAGGAGCCCAGUCGAUGGCAUCAUCGGAAACCGGCCGCACGCCGUCGCAAGGCGCGGAAGCCGCCUCCGCCUCCCCCUGGCCUCUCCGCAAGCUCCAGAGCUUUGCGCCAGGGCUGUGGCCACAGUACAAAGCCUACGAGGAUGUGUUAGUGGAGAGGGCUAAAGUUACUAUUUCGGAUGCGCUGGUUCUUGCGAGCGAGCAUCAAGCGGAGGCAAUUGGAUGUGCCACUGUCGCAGGGUUCAUCUUGUUCAGAGGCCCUCGGAGAUUUUUAUACCGCAAUACUCUGGGUCGUUUUAAAACUGAGAAGGAUUUACUGAAUGAUGUUGAACAAAGUAUGAUCGAAUACAAAACAUCUAUUGAGAGCUUGAGAAAGGAUUCCAAAUACACCCUGGACAAAGUAGUCAUUGGUGAAAGUGAUCUGCAGCGUGGCCGAACUGAUUUGAGAUCUACUGGUAAGCAAAUCCAGUCCGUUAUAAGAUCUAUUUACAAAACUGAAUCAACAGCUGCAGGUUUGAUGGAUCAACUAAGAAUUAUUCCUACAAGACAGUCUCUUGAAUUACGAGCAGAGGUGGCUUCCAUGGCCUCUGAUUUGAAAAACAGGAGACAUGUCCUGGAAGAAAGGGUGAACCGUAUAUCUGAAUAUGGUGUCCGCGUCUGAAUUUCGCCAUAGAACCGCUCCUGGGCCCCUCCAUGGAAUAAACUCAAUUCACUAAGACACAGGCAGCAUCUUCUAUGGAUUAUAACCUUGUUUCUGUUAGCAUUUGAAUACGGGGCGAUCAAGAUUACUCGCACAACCAUCGUUGACUCCCCCUAUCAUUUACUAUUGCUUGUGUUGAGCAUUGUUCACUAUUGUAUCUUUCAUGUGCACACAUAAGAAAGGCUUAAGCUAUGUGCCUCGUCAUUUUGCCUCCUGUUAAGACCUAAGAGUGAAUGUCAUUCUAGUCCGGAAAUAAAGAGCACGUUAAUCUGUCCUA